GUGGGGGGGAAAGGGUGUGUGUGUUUCUGGAGAGAGUAGGGGAGUAUACGUUGUAUGGAGAGAUUGUUUCCCGGUUUCUUUUAAAGGGUUUUUGCAGAGAGAGUAUAGUAUGGUUGUUUGUGGUGUUUGUGGUGUUUGUGGUGAUGUUGACUGGCUGUUGGAGGACUACGGUGGGUUUGUGAUGGGACUCUGGACUGAGCUAUCUGGAUCUAACUUUACUAACUUUACUAUCCUGUCCAUACUGUCUCAUUCUGGCCUGUGGCGUUUCCAAGGGUGCACCCACUGGCCAUGCCCCAUAGCUACAUGGUCUACGUAAACCCCACGCGACAGGCUCGUCUUGUCGGCGAGAUAUGAGGUAUCCUCAGACAUUCUCAGACAUACUCAGACAUCCCCCAACUACUACUCUUACAGAAACUAUGUACCCUUACUAACUCAACUUUCCCUUAGUCCUGACAGUAGAGACUCCCUAAUUCCAUAGUCGGGGACACCGUGUCGGCCAAUGGCUUAGGCAUGAUGAAAGGCGGCGUGGCGUGCAUUGGAUCGACCUACCUUCCCUGGACACUUCUUGGUACCGCUUUAGGAAUCCUGCGAGCCAAAUGUACCUCCCACUACCCUUGCCCUCUGGGAUUACUUUAAUACUCUACUCUACUUUCUUUACUUAUUAAACCUGCUUAGCUCGCCGCCGAUUCUCUCCUCUUCUUCUCUAUCUAUCCCUUUCGACAGUUUUUCUGGAAAUUUACUUUUCUAGCUUCCCGGGUUUCUUAACUCAACGUCAAUCAAGUUUCAUAAGGGUCCAGGCAAAUCUUUCGCCGAUCAUCAGUUGUUGCUGUCCGCCCCAUACUCUCCAGAACUCAAGAAGAAUAACCUUUCUUGAAAAACAAACAGGAAAAGGCUCGCGCCCCAAUCGCAGUAUCCUUACGGCGGUAAAUGCAGAACGUUUCCGUCGUCCUAUCUGACCCCCAAGCCCACUUCGAGCCAAUCGUGCAUUGGCCCAGUCGAAAAUGGCGCUGAAUCCGAACCACGAUGAUUCCGAAUCCUCUCUACCAAACUACACGUUUUCCCCAACCGCCCCGAUGGCCCAGGAGAAGCGUAUCGAAGGCGGCAUCCUCAUCACCGAUGAGGGCAACAGGACCCGAAAGGGCGGCCUCAAAGUCGGUGCUAGAAUUGCGCCAGUCCUCCCCCAUCUGAGGGGCGCCGACUUCUCGGACUCGGACUCGGUCAAUGGACAGGAUGUGCUGGAGAAGCAGCUUGAGUUGGAGUCGGGGAAUGCGCUGCAGUAUCGUACUUGCAGCUGGCAAAAGACUGCCUUCCUCCUCUUCUCAGAAUACAUCUGCCUGGCCAUCAUGUCAUUUCCCUGGUCCUACUCCAUCCUCGGACUGGUCCCCGGACUGAUCCUGACCGUCGUCGUGGCAGCCGUCGUGCUCUACACGUCCCUCGUGCUCUGGGAGUUCUGUCUCCGUCACCCCGAGGUCAGGGACGUAUGUGACAUCGGGCAAAUGCUGUUCUGGGGUAAAACCUGGGUCUGGUAUGCCACGGCCGUCAUGUUCAUCCUUAACAACACCUUCAUCCAGGGCCUCCACGUCCUGGUGACCGCCAAGUACCUCAACACCAUGACGCACCACAGCCAAUGCACCGUCGUCUUCGCGGUGAUCUCCACCAUCAUCUGCUGGUUCUGUUCUCUCCCCCGCACCUUCGACGCGCUCUCCAAAAUCGCCUGCGCCACCGCCUUCUUCACUUUCGUCUCCGUCCUCCUAGCCACCAUCUUCUCCGGCCUCGAAGACAAACCCCUCGGCUUCACCGAGGAACUCGGCGCACCAAUCUACACCGCCUUCCCCCUCCCCGGCACGUCCUUCGUAGCCGCCAUGUCCGCCUUCCUCAACAUCUCCUACACCUUCAUCGGACAAAUCACCCUCCCCAGCUUCAUCGCCGAAAUGCGCGAGCCCAAGGACUUCCCCAAAGCCCUCUGGGCCGUCACCAUCGCCGAGGUCAUCGUCUUCUCCAUCGUCGGCGCUGUCAUCUACGUCUACACCGGGAACCAGUACAUGACCGCCCCCGCCUUCGGCUCCCUCGGAAACGAGAUCUACAAGAAGGUGUCCUUCUCCUUCAUGAUCCCCACUCUCAUCUUCCUCGGCGUCCUCUACGCCACCGUCUCCGCCCGUUUCAUCUUCUUCCGCAUCUUCGAGGGCACCAUCCAUAAGUCCUCGCAUACCGUCGUUGGAUGGUCCGCUUGGGCUGGUAUCCUCGCCCUGACGUGGCUAGGGGCUUUCAUCAUCGCGGAGGUCAUCCCGUUCUUCUCUGACCUGCUCUCCCUGAUGUCCUCGCUCUUUGACUCCUUCUUCGGAUUCAUCUUCUGGGGCGUGGCAUAUAUCCGUAUGCGUCGCGUUGAUGGAGGCGUCAGGUGGCUGCAUGAGCAGAGCGUGUAUGGGUACUCGGUGCUUGCGCUGAAUAUCUUCAUCAUCGGUGUGGGGUUCUUUUUCCUCACUGUUGGGACGUAUGUGUCGGUGCAGAGUAUCAUGGAUAGUUAUGCGGCGAAUGCUGUUGGUGGCGUGUUCACGUGCGCGAAUAAUGGGAUCUAGAAAAUAUCCUGUUACGGAUGUUAGAGAUAUAGGUAUACUUGUGUGGGACUUUCGUGUGUUGGAAAGGCGCAGGUGUUGAGGGGGUUAUUUUUUAUGGAUGGCUGUU